GCGUACCUCCGGAGACUAGAACCACGACGACUUCUCCUCCUCCCACACCGCACGAUUAGCACCAGCCUCGUCACCAUGAGUGAGAGCAAGUGCCCCUACGCCCAGUCCAACGUCGCUGGCGGCGGCCCCAAGAACCGCGACUGGUGGCCCGAGCAGCUCCGCCUCGACAUCCUGCGCCAGAACGGAGUUGCCUCGGAUCCCUUCGGCGCCGACUUUGACUACGCCAAGGAGUUCAAGAGCCUCGACUACAAUGCCCUCAAGGCCGACCUGACGGCCCUGAUGACCGACUCCCAGGAUUGGUGGCCAGCCGACUUCGGCCACUACGGCGGUCUCUUCAUCCGCAUGGCCUGGCACUCGGCUGGUACCUACCGCGUCUUUGACGGCCGAGGCGGCGGUGGUCAGGGUCAACAACGAUUCGCCCCUCUCUCCAGCUGGCCCGAUAACGGCAACCUCGACAAGGCCCGCCGCCUGCUGUGGCCCAUCAAGCAAAAGUAUGGCAACAAGAUCUCCUGGGCCGACCUGAUGAUCCUCGCCGGCAACGUCGCCCUCGAGUCCAUGGGUUUCAAGACCUUUGGCUUCGCCGGCGGCCGCGCCGACACCUGGGAGGCCGACGAGUCCGUCUACUGGGGUUCCGAGACUAGCUUCUUCCCCGAGGGCAGGGACAAGCGUUUCGCCUCGGGCCCCUCGCUGGAGAACAAGUACGGCAAGGCACAUGCCCAGAGCCUCGAGAAGCCCCUGGGAGCCACCAACAUGGGUCUGAUCUACGUCGACCCCCGCGGCCCCAACGCCAAUGCCGACCCCAUCGCUGCCGCCCACGACAUCCGCGAGGCGUUUGGCCGCAUGGCCAUGAACGACGAGGAGACCGUCGCUCUGAUUGCUGGUGGUCACACCCUUGGCAAGACGCACGGCGCCGCUCCCGACAGCCAUGUCGGCCCCGAACCCGAGGGUGCUUCCAUCGAGCAGAACGGUCUGGGCUGGAAGAACAGCUACAAGUCCGGAAAGGGUGCCGAUGCUAUCACAUCUGGUCUGGAGGUUAUCUGGACCAAGACUCCCACCUGGUGGAGCAACAACUUCUUCGAGUACCUGUUCGGCUACGAGUGGGAGCUCGUCGAGGGCCCUGGCGGUGCCCCACAGUUCGUCGCAAAGAAUGCCGACAACUUCAUCCCCGAUGCCUUUGACAAGGCCAAGAAGCACCCCCCCAGAAUGUUGGUGACUGACAUUGCUCUCCGGGCCGACCCUGAGUACGAAAAGAUCUCGCGCAACUUCCUCAAGAACCCAGACCAGUUCAACGAUGCCUUCGCCCGCGCCUGGUUCAAGCUCACCCACCGUGACAUGGGUCCCCGUAUUCUCUACCUGGGCCCUGAGGUUCCCAAGGAGGAGCUCCUCUGGCAGGACCCUAUCCCUGCCAUUAACCACCUGCUCGUUGACGGCAAUGAUAUCCUGAGCCUCAAGCGAGAGAUCCUCAACUCGGGUCUCAGCAUCUCCAAGCUCGUCUCCGUCGCCUGGGCUUCUGCCUCGACUUUCCGUGGCAGCGACAAGCGUGGUGGUGCCAACGGUGGCCACAUCCGCCUGUCACCCCAGAAGGACUGGGAGGUCAACAACCCCCAGCAAUUGGCCGAGGUCCUCCGCGUCCUCGAGCGCAUCCAGACCUCCUUCAACGAAUCCCAGACCACCGGCAAGCGCAUCUCCCUGGCUGAUCUCAUCGUCCUCGCCGGUUCCGCUGCCGUAGAGAGCGCUGCCAACGCUGCCGGUAUCCGCACGGUCGUGCCUUUCAUCCCUGGCCGUGCCGACGCCACCCAGGAGCAGACCGACGUCGAGUCCUUCAACUACCUCCAGCCCAUCGCCGACGGCUUCCGCAACUACGGCAAGUCAUCUGGCCGCGUCAAGCAGGAGCAGACCCUCGUUGACCGCGCCCACCUUCUCAAGCUGUCCGCCCCCGAGCUGACCGUCCUCAUCGGCGGUCUUCGCGCCAUCAACACCAACUUUGACGGCUCGUCCCACGGUAUCCUUACAUCUCGCCCCGGUGUCCUGACCAACGACUUCUUCGUCAACCUGCUGGACAUGUCCACCGAGUGGAAGGCCGUCGACGACUCCAAGGACGUCUUCGAGGGCACCGACCGCAAGUCGGGCGCCAAGAAGUGGACCGCCACCCGCUUCGACCUCAUCUUCAGCUCGCAGCCCGAGCUCCGCGCCCUGGCCGAGGUGUACGCCAGCGCCGGCGGCCAGCAGAAGCUCGUCAACGACUUUGUCGCCGCCUGGGCCAAGGUCAUGAACCUCGACCGGUUCGACCUCGCCGCCCCCGCCAACAUUGGCGUCUUUAGCCGGCUGUAA